GGGGGGUUGUUGGACCUUGUGUUCGAUUCCCCUUGAGAGUUCCUAAUUGCGAACUAAGUACUUGGCUAGCAGGCGUGGGUGUUUUAGAUCAAAUUUCAGGUGGGCCUCCUUUACAGUACUUUGAUUCGAUCCGUACCUGGAUUACUGAGCCUACAGAAGCAUCAAAAACAUUGUGAACUGUUCUAAUUUAUGCCGACUUUUGAUAUCCGGCGGAUGGGCAUGGCGCCCGGGAAUAGUGCCGGUCUUUGGAAGAAGGUCACCUUCCUCUUGGCUGUUCCGGCCAUUGUCCUUUGUGCCGUGAACGCCUUCACAGGACACAAGCAUCAGGAGAGGGAGCCGUUCGCCAAGUAUGAGUAUUUGAGGCGCAGGACCAAGCGAUUUCCCUGGGGAGACGGCAAUCGCAGUUUGUUCCACAACGCCGAGGUGAAUGCUCUGCCCGAGGGUUACGAGGAUGAGGUGCAGGAAGAAGAGGAAUAGGGAUGUCCCCUGCCACUCAAUCAAUUGAUUUUCAUAACAUUUUGCCUAUACAACUGGAUUAUACCGGUACUAAUUCUUGAACAUCUUUUUCGUAAACUGAUUUGUGGAUUUGUGAUCGCUGUAUCACCGUGCAGAUUCUUUGCAAGCAAUAAAUUAAUCAUUGAGAUCUGA